CACAAUGGAGUGUCCGCAGGGCCCCAGGAAGCCUCUGUCAGGGAGAAAAGCCAGGUCUCUGGACAGACCGCCGAACUCCAGGAAGGACUCAGAGUUGUGGGACUGCCAGUACCUUUCCCUGCCUGCCACCCCCUCCAGGCCGGCGCUUCCAAGGAGCACCAGUGAUGGGAGCGGGUGUCCCAAGAGCCCAGGAUCUUCAGAGGCUCCGGGUGCCACUGGCAGAGCCCUCAGCCAGGAGGGGACCAAGGAGUUUCUCCCCAGUGAGCAGAGGGCUCUGCAGGACACCAAGAAGGACAAGGCCCAGAAUCGGGCCCAGCAGGGGUUGCUGAAGACCGUGCUGAACUUCUUCCUGAGGAAAGGCCCUGAGGAGACCAAAGAAAAGGCCAACAGGAGAGCAAAGGGGAAGGAGGGCUUCCCCCAGCCCACAGAAACCUCUGAGUCACGGGAGGAGCCAGCUCUCAAAAAGAAAGCCCAUGACAAGAAGGCCAGCCACAAGAAACAUGGUCAUAAGAAACAUGUUGAUGAGGAAACCAAGGUGGUCCAAGACCAGGAAGUCGAAGGCCAAGAGGCAGUGCUGCCCAAGACGGCUGCUGCCUCGUGCUCCGAGGAGACUGACCUGGGCCCGGGAUCCAGGGGCGGGGAGGAUUCUGAUCUCCACCAAUCCUUGCUUAUCGAAGGCCGGGAUGCUGGCCCUUCAGCACCUUCUUCCCAAGCCACAGGCCACUGGCAGGAAGAGGAUCUCAAAAAGCUUGACCAGGAGACUAUCAUCCGGAUGAUAGUGCAAGUGCUCCGAGAAGUGGGAGACCAGUGGGAAGGGGAGCAACUCCUGGUCUCUCAGCCAGAGGUGGCUCCACAGAACCCAGCACCAGCCUUCAGGAAGAAAUCCCAGGAGAAGAAGUCUAACCUCAAGAGAACCGUUUCUCAUAAGAAACACAGCUCUGAGGAGCCCAAGAGAGCGGGGGCUGCAGAUGUUGUCAGCCCGGAGUCCCGGCUGCGCAAGAGGCCCAGCUUUCUGUACCUGUGUGUUGGGGGCCAUCGGCCCUCCAUCUCCAGCAGCCUUGGCUUGGAAGAACCUGAAGUCCAAGAGGCCUUGCCUACAGAUUGUGCGGGUCCAAGUCUUUCCACCCAAGCAGGGAGCCGGGGACCCAGAGAGGACUUGCAGCUGGACAGAGCCUCAGAAUGCAAAAAAUUUAUUGAGAAGAUCAUCGCCCUACUCCAAGAUGAGGAGGAACAGGAGGGAGAGAAGCAACUUCACGUCCAGGAGCCAGAGGUGGCUGUAGAACACCUGACCCCGCCCUGCAGGAAGAAAUCCCAAGAGAAAAAGUCCAGCUUCAGAAAAGCCUUUUCUCAUAAGAAACAUAGCUCUAAGGAGCCCAAGAAAGGCGGAGCUGCAGGUGCCACCAGCCCGGAGUCCCGGUUGCUCAAGAGGCCCAGCUAUCUGCCCCUGUGCGUUGGGGGCCGUCGGCCCUCCAUCUCCAGCAGCCUUGAUCUGGAGGGUCUUGAGUUCCAGGAGUCUUCGCCUGCAGAAGGGGGACGAGUUGGAUCCUCAGAAGCAUCCUCCCAGGCCAGAGGCCACAAGCUGGAAGAAAGACCUCUGCCUGACGGAGCGUGUGAAUCUAAGGAGCUGAUCAUCCAGAAGCUGGUAGCCCUUCUCCAAGAAGUGGACGGCCAUUUAGGGGAACAGAUCAGGCGACACCCCAGCUUUAAGAGGUUUUUUUACCAGCUCCCAGACUCGUCCCUCAUAAAGCUGACAGCCACCCUGCGCAGACAGGGCGCCCGCUCCCCUGAGUCCAACGGGAACGCGGCUAAGAGGCCCUACCAGUUUGCCUUUGGCUUGGCUAACAAGUUUGCUGGCAACAAUCAUCACACCGUCCUCAGCCUGAUGGGUCUGCGCUACCCCCAGUUCCCCUACAGGGAGGCCCCCCAGACCAUCAUAAGCCCUGAGACCCAAAGUCCAGAUUGA